UAAAUCAAACAAAAUGGCCGAUCGUGUCUCUAAAAAUAUUUUGUAGAAUUUUUUAUGGGAAAUUCGUAAAUAAAUAGUUUGCCUAAAAUCAUAGUAAAACAUGUCCAAAAGAGAACAAGGCGAGCGAAAUGACAGAAAAUUGGAGUCGAGUGAUUAUGAAAACAUCUUAUCACAACAUAGUAUAUUCGAAACUGCGAGAUCAAAACAUCAAGAGUUGCCGAGUUUUCCUGGUUUUUCAAAUGCUGAGACACAAACAAAAUCUACUGAUCUCAAAGGUCAGUCAAUGCAAUCAGGUCUAGGAACUUGGCAUUACAAUCCCUGGUGGAUGCUUGCCAGUACCUCUAGAACUUUACCCUCACAAGACGAUUAUUCAGAAAAUAGUGAGCAGGCAAAGGUUAAACAGGAACCCUCAGGUGCAGGCACUCCUGACCGUGACCCGUUGCAGAUUGAUGUUGAGCCUUAUAGAUCAGGUACUACCCCACCACCAGGUAUGGACUCAUUUUGUGAUGAUUGCUCAGAUCCAUUUUGUGAUUCAAGCACCUCAUUAUGCCGAAAGCUGUUCCACUGUCCACACUGCAGGAAAAGUUAUCCUACUAUAUUGGAGUUCAACACCCACCUUACAGGAGUACAUCCAGCACAGAAACCUUUCCGAUGCCAAAUUUGCUUAGAACCAUUUCACAAAAAAUCUCAUCUUCGCAGACAUCUUGACUCCAGCCACUCCAGAAAAGAUGUCAAUAAAUGCUCAGUUUGCUCCAAAUACAUCAAAGACAAAAGUAACUUGCGUAAGCAUAUGCAAGUUCACACUGGAAGAGUACCUCAAAAACAAUUCAAGUGUGAUAUGUGCAAUAAUAAACGCUAUAUGUCCCUGGAUAGACUUAACAACCACAAGGUGGUAUGCACUGGAGAAAAAAUCUUAAAAUAUUGUGACAUGUGCACUAAGGUCUUUGACAACUCAAGAUCUUUAAACAGCCACAAAAAAGUUCAUGCUCGAGAAUUAAAAUGCGACAUAUGCGGCGAGCAGUUACGUUCUUUAGAACAGUUUGCAAACCAUAAAAUUAUAUGUCAAGGGACAUCAUCGGAAGCAAGUGGCAGUCAAAGUGGUUCUGCAAGUGCUGGUGGCUCUACUUUAAACCGAUGCUGCACUCAGCCAGGACUGUGCGAACAUGACAAACCUGCUUACCUAAACAUACCUGGGUAUGCUGCAGGAAGAGUACUGGAUGCUACUCUGUCCUCCUUAAAAUCUGAAAUAAAUUGAUGAUAUGAUGUGCUGCAUAUAAUUUACAGAGUUAAUCAUUUUAAAUAAACAGAUUUCUUUUUACAAUAUUACCAAAUAGUUGAAAUAAUGACCGUUAACAAUUUCACAAUUGAGAACUUCACAAGACUGAUGCAAAUAUCCCGCCUCACGACUUGCUUUAUUAUUACCAUUAAAAAUUAGUGUUUAGUUAGUAGGAUUACAAAAUAGACUAAGCUGCAUUACUGUUUGAACAUAUUCAAAAGCCUAAUUGAAGGAGAGUGAAAAUUAUUUCAAAAUAAAAUAUUCCAAUUCCCACCGAAGUUAUUACAUUUUAGAAAUAAAUUGUCUCUCAUAUGGAUGUGUCAGACACUUGAUUGUGUUUCAAUUUGGAUAUGUUCAAAUAGUUUUAUUAUCUAUAAUUUUGUAUCUUAAAAGUUAAUUAUGAAGCAUAUUUGUUCAGCAAGAACAGAGCUUUACUAAUAAUACUAAUUAUUAGAUUUUAAUCUAUAUUGUGCAACAUUUAUGUUCAUUAAUAAAUUGACCAUUGUGAGGUACAGAUUUAUGUUCAUUGGACUGUCACUUUACAUUAUGUAUAACAAUAUCUUGACUGAUUUAGAGUAAUAUAUUAAUUAUGUGCAGUAUUACAACAUUUCAUUUUUUAUUUUUCUAUAUUGAAAGAAAAUAAGAGCUAUGUUAUUUUUAUAGUUUUAGAUCAUAUUGUUAUAAGUUACUUAUUUACCUUCUUUGUUAAUAUUUAAGUAGUCAAGGAGACUAUGUGGAUGACAUUGUACUUUCCAAUGUUCUGAAGUACUCCAAAGACAGAUAAAGCUAUAAUAUUUUACUGCUUUUAACACAUCAUUUACUAGUGGUACUUUUAUUUCAUAACAUGGACCUGUAGAAGUAAGAAAAUUUUAAGAGUGCAAUGAAAAUAUUGGCAAAGCCUUGCAAAUGUUAUAUUAAUGGGACAAAUUGUUGUCUUCUCUGUGCCCAACAUAUUUAUUCACGAAGUGUUAUACACUGAAAAUUUUUUGCUGCAAUUUAUAAAACUUUUGUAAUUAGAAUGUUUUUAUUACUAUACAUAAUUAUUAUUAUUCAUUGUGUAUGUAAUGUGUAUAAUCCUAAUUGUAAGGAUUGAGGCUAUAAUCUAUUAUUCUAUGUUAUCAGGCCUAUCCUGCCUGAUAUUAUAGCAGUUAUUAUGUAUAACUCAUAACUUUGAGUAUACACUUUUGAUUCUUUUUUUUUUUAAUUUUAUUUAUUUAAUCAAUGUUAUUUGAAAAAAGUACUUUUAUCUAAGGCUUUAUCAUAAUUACUAUUAGUUGUUGCUAUUUACAAUUGUUUUCACACUUAUAGCCUUGUUUAUUUUAUAAUAUAUAGAUUUAAUAAGAGUAGUUUUAUAUUUCUUAUUAUAAUAGAGAGACAAUCAUUUGCAAAAAGAGUUUGGUUACAAGUAUGCAAUGAAGAUGAGCACACCACAAAGUUCUAUUGUCCAAAGUAUGUUUGUUAUAGGCACAGAGCAUAUUGGUGUAGGUAAAGUAGGUGUAGGUUCUUGCGGUAGUGUAGCGGUGUGGGUGGUUUUGUUUGUGUUACUUCAAACGCCAUCCAUUGAGAUUUCAGAUGCGCUUCAUGCACGUAUACCGUAGCUCUGUUCACCACAGUCAUGUCACCCCUCUGCAUCACUACUACUGCAAGAAUCUACCAAGUUAUGAGUUAUGUCUCUAAUAAUUAUCCUUUCAAAUAGGCCGAUUUCAUUAAUGAUUGAAAUUAAAACUUAUAUUUUUAAUACUGUUAUAGAGAAGAAUAUGGAAACCAAACUUUCAUGCGGUAAUGAGCGACAAUAAAAUUAUUCAAUUUUGUUAAGUAGGUAUUAGAAGCUAGCCACUAUACCUACUUAUUAUAUCUUAUUUUCAAGUAUGUUGGCACGGACUACAACUUCAAAUUGAAUAAAUUUAAAACUUGAUUAAUGUUAGGGAUUUUUUCCGAAAGGACAUUUUUGUAAUGAUCAUUGAAUAAUGAAUAGGUACUUCAUCAUAAUUCGAAUAUAUCAUCUACAAUAAAUAAAUUAUCUACGUACAUAAAUUUUAUUAAAUUCGUAAUAAUCAUUGACCAUCAAGCUAAGCUUUUACAUUUAUUCAAUUACAUGUUGUAUACAGGCUGAUUCUUAAAGUGCAGAACGAAAGGAUUUGAUACCUAUUUCUCAAAUUACAACAACUAAUCUAGACCACCCUCUGUAACCCAAUCUAGACCUAGUGAUAGGGGAAAUCUAAAAAACAUCUAGUAGUUUUAGAAAAUGGUAUAUUUUUUGUGAUUUAGAUUUUGAUCCUAUAAGUUGUUUUUAAAGUAAUAGAAUCAACUCUUCUCAUUUUGCACUCAUUCUUUAUGUUAAUAAACGCUGGUGGAAUUUAACAUCCUUUGUAGACCAUACAAUUAAAUUAAAAGUUCUGUAAGUAUCUCGGUUCACUUGUAUGUACGUACGUAUUUACAAGAUAGAAAAAGAUCAUUAAGGGGUAAUCCUGUAAGUUUUUUGUACGUACUGUCGCCGAUUACCUUUGAUAUUUUCAGUUACCAUUAUCACCGAAGCUUUUCCCUUUCGAUAGCUAAUAAAAAUGAUAGCAUGUCAUUCUCAUCUUUUUUUACUGGUACCGGAAUAGUUAGACAUAUUUACGCCGGCUUAGCGUAAUCAAUCCCAAUUUAAAUCAAGUUAACAGACAGAUUUGGGUUGGGAUUGAUUUAUAUGGAAAGCGGGCGAUAAUGCUAUUCUGCAACUAUACUGUUCUUGAAUUUUGCAUGCAUUUGCUGAAAUCUUCCAUUCAUGCCGCAAACCACAAUUUAAAUAUUGUUUGUUCUUGAGAAUAGAUUAGUACCUACUGGAAUGGUACCGGAAAUAAACCAAUAGCUUAGCUCUUUUGUCUCUGUAGUUAUAAUUACAUGGCAUGGUGUGUAUUUUGGAUGCACCUAGAAAUAAGAAAAAAUGUGUUCAUAUGAAUUUAGUUACAUAGAGUAUAGUUUAUCUAUUAGUGCUGUAGACUGUGAAACAGUGUAAUUUUUCGUUAGUAUUAAAAUACUUUAUUUACUCUAAAACUAUCCUUUCGCAAUAUAUCAAUGUAUAACCAAACUAUUGGUACUUAUAAGUUAAUUAGGGUUUUAUUCUUAAACUUUCAUAAUUAUAUCAUUACGCAGGAUUUAAGUUCUUGGAGAGCAUUGUUCCGUAAAGUACCUGCCUGAAAUAGGACCUUCAGUUGACGUUUGUACGUAUAAUAAAACCUGCAAAGAAAUAAAUAGUGUUUUUCUAAAUUA